AUGCGUUCGAUCACAGCCUUUGUCCUUGCGGCCUUCAUGGCUACCGCAGCUCAAUGCUCUGCCGAAUCGAAGCAGGAGCAUGGUAUGCUUACUCGAUUCUAUCAUGAAAAGACCUGUGCGCCUAGCAAGGCUGGCGACUGCAGCAGCUGCGGUGCCGACUAUGUCCAGUGUGGAACUGAUGCUUGCUACAAUCCCAAAGCUGGUGAGACUUGCUGUCAAACCCAAUACGCCUGCCCUGCGACGUUCAAGUGCUCGUCCACCGGCUCACACUGCGUCCUAAACAAUGGCUCUCGUGGCGGUCCGGACUGUGAUGAUGACGCUGCCAACCACAACAACAGCACAGUCACAACAACUGGUGUUGUGGUGUCGACGGCUGCUUCGUCUGCUACAUCGAUUACCUCUGGCCCCCCAGUCGCCGUCGUGAUGCCCACAUCUGAUUCAAAUACCACGACCUAUACGACAACAAUUACCUUGACUACCACCAACACUAUUAGUGUCAGUGCUACCACGCCCGGUUGCGGUCUGAGUGCUGCCACCACAGGCCUCCCGGUCACGAGUUCCAUGGUGCCCUACGGCAAUUCCACCACCGUGGCCCUGAAUACCACCACUUCCACAAUGUCGGUCACCAAUGUCACUGUGCAUGCGGCCACCAACUACAAUGCAUCCAAGCCUACCUCGAGCAUUAAACCUCCUAUUAGUGGUUAUAAGGGGGCGGCGGCUGAUCUGCACGCCCAAUCAUCCACCUCUUUGUUUGCCCUGGGUUGUUUCAUGUUUAUGGCUGCUCUUUGGAUAUAA